GUCACAGCUGAAGUCACAAAGCGUUGAAAAAAGCAAGGUUGAUGUGGGAACAGAAGGCUGUUGUAAGAUGGAGCUCAAAGAGGAAAAAGUCUAGUGGGGAAGGAGUGGGGCAAGUGUGAUUUGGGGGACAAAGCAAGAUUCAUUUAUGACUCCCCGGGGCCUGGAGCUAUCUCCAUCUUCAGCUCCAGAGUCCUUGGUUUCUGUCUGAGAACAAAUGGCACAGCAUCCCUGGCAGGAUCAACAACAAAAGGCAGAAAUGACCUCCAAGCAGCAGAGAAGCACAUCCAUAGAAGAGACAAUAAGACCACAGGAAAGACAAGUAACCAUCACUGAAACCCUGUGGGACCAGGUGCUGACAGCUUUUAAGAAUAUACAAAAGGAGCUGCAGGAAGAUGCUCGGAUUCGAGGGAUGAGCAAUUGCUCCAUGACACCCAUGACAUCCGCACCCAGAACUGGAAGCAUGAAGCUUCCAGAUUCCUGCAUGACCCCAAAGUUGAGAGGAUUGCAGUUCAGCGCUGGAGAGCAGCCAUCAGGAGAACGUGUCCACCACGUGAAGACGCAGCUCCAGUCAGCUUACUACCCUGGACCCUGA